AAGGAAUCGAACUUCCCUCUCUCUGCACAUUGCCUUGUAUCUGUUUCAGAAGAAACCCAUCAGAAUUUAACCACUUAUUCUCCAGAUUAAACAAGCUUUGUUUUUAACUUCAUUGUUCACAUGAUGACUUCUGAACAGGCCAACAAAAUGAAAGAGAAUCAAAUGCAGGGAAGUCAGCAGGCAAGAAUGCCAGACCUUCCAUCGCGCUGCACCUGGAGCCUGGGGAUGCCACCAUCCAAAUCUCCACACACUCAAGAUGAGCUAAAGGAUUCAUCCAAGAUCUUGCCUAACGUCCUCUAUAAAAUUGGUAACACUCCCCUCAUCCGAAUUAACAAUAUUGCGAAAGAAUAUGGACUUAAAUGUGAGCUAUUGGCAAAGUGUGAGUUCUUCAGUGCUGGUGGAAGCAUUAAGGACCGCAUUGCUUUACGGAUGAUUGAAGAUGCUGAGAAACAAGGGGUUCUGAAUUCAGGUGAUGUCAUCAUUGAACCAACCUCUGGUAACACAGGCAUUGGUUUGGGCUUGGUGGCUGCUGUGAAAGGAUAUCGUUGCAUUAUUGUCAUGCCAGAGAAGAUGAGCUUAGAGAAGGUCAAUGUGUUAAAAGCCUUGGGAGCUGAAGUGGUGAGGACACCAAAUGCUGCAAACCUCAACAGCCCUGACUCUCAUAUUGCAAUGGCCUGGAAACUGAAGAAUGAGAUUCCAAACUCCCAUGUGUUUGAUCAGUAUCAAAAUGCUAGCAAUCCAUUAGCUCAUUACGACAUCACAGCAGAAGAAAUUCUGGAUCAAUGUGAUGGACAAGUUGAUGUUGUGGUGAUGGGUGCUGGAACUGGCGGUACCAUCACAGGCAUAGCACGAAAAUUCAAGGAAAAAUGUCCCAACUGUAAGAUCAUUGCUGUUGACCCUGCAGGUUCAACCAUGGCUGAACCAGAAGAACUGAACUUUCCAGACCAGAUUUCAUAUGAAGUGGAAGGAAUUGGCCAUAGAUUUAUACCAACAGUAUUGGACAGAAAAGUGAUUGACAAAUGGUUGAAGACUAAUGAUGAGGAAAGUUUUGCAAUGGCUCGGAUGUUGAUCAAAAAAGAAGGAUUGCUGUGUGGUGGAAGCUCUGGUAGUGCCAUGUGUGGAGCUUUAAGAGUGGCAAAAGAUCUGAAAGAAGGACAGCGCUGUGUAGUGAUUCUCCCGGAUUCUGUUCGAAAUUACAUGUCAAAAUUUCUUAGUGAUGAUUGGAUGGAAGAGAAAGGGUUCCUGCAUGUGGAAUGUGACCAAAAAAGCUGGUGGAAUGAACCAAUCAGUCAGAUGAAGCUUCCACCAACUUUGACUGUCCUUCCCACAACCAGUUGCCAGGACAUCAUUCAGAUUCUCAAAGAGGGUAGCAUGAACAAUGCAGUGGUCAUUGACUCCAAUGGGACAGUUCUGGGUUUGGUCACCCUAGGAAAUAUUAUGUCUUUAGUUCAUGAAGGAAAACUGCAGCUCACUGAUCUGGUGUCUAAAGCCAUUUACCAGCAGUUCCAAAAGGUGAAGUUAAGUGACACUCUUGGGAAAAUCUUGCAGAUUUUGACACUGAAUCACUUUGCCUUAAUUGUUCAAGAACAAGUUCACAGUACUGGCAGUGGCGAAUGUGGAAAGAGAGAAGUGGUGCAUGGCGUGGUAACAUUUAAUGAUCUGAUAAGCUUUGUAACAGACGAGAAGAAAAUGAUGGGGACAGCAAAAAAAUAUUAA